AUGACCCACACAGACGACCAACUAAGAAAUGCCACUGUCUACGCUGUGGGACAUUGCAUUGCAUUAGACCACCAUGUAUACAAGAUUGGUGGUGGGCGAGAGCUUUUCGACAAACUUGAAGCUUUGCUACUUGAGGGCGAUAAGAUCAUCGCAAUGCCCAUAGCUGCUCUCGAAGACGAGAUUGGAAUGCAAGAUGAUGAUUAUUUUGGCAUUGAACUACUGGACAAAAUUCCUGUGGAUUCUAGUAUGAAGACAAAGGCAAAUAUGAAAGUUAAUCUGGGUGGCGCCUACUAUCCUUGGUUGUCGAGAGCACACUUCUUGACUGCAUUAUUGUUUAGCCCUGCACAACUACCAUUUUUGGAUGUGCAGAAGAAAGCUGUACUCAGCUGGGCCAAGGAGCUGCGUGCCCAUGAUGAGUCAAAUGAGCACAUCUGUGAACUUGUCAGCAAUCCAAUGCGAAAAGUAACUUCAGCAUCCGGCAAUGACUACACGAAUCUACUCACCCACUUUUCCAUGCAAGAUUAUCCAGAGGAUGGAGGAGAUGGAAUGUCGCAGGUUUUCACAUGGACAGAAGAUGCUGCUAGAGCUGCCAUCACCUCCGGCGGCUUGUGUGGACAGCAAAUAUAUUUCGUCAAUGAACUUCUGCAGGAAUGCUCAGGAGGCUUUUUGUCCCAGAAUGCUUCUUCACUGCCUUGUAUGCACAGUGAAUGGCAGGGACUCACAGGAUUUGUGCCAGGAGGAGACAAAACAUAUGCUAUGGGCCAUGCGAUACAAUACACAGAUGCCGGUUUCAUUGUCAGUGAUGAACAAGAGAUCAUUCCAGUUUCAAACUUCAGACAUUCCUUUGAGGAUCUCGUGGACAAGCUUACAUGUGGGGUCACCAUGUCAUCUGAAAAAUACCUGAAGCUCACACCACAUCCUCUAUGCAAAAAGUCAAAGGGCCAGAUGGUCUAUUCAGUCCCUCUCAUUAUAUUCAUGGAUGACAUUUCCGGAAAUAUGCUGGAGAAAGAGUUUUGUGUUCGAUUCAUAACAUCAUCACCACACGCUGCACCGAUGGAAUUGAUGCAUGUGAUGAAGGAGUCUAUCAGUGCAGCCGCAGACUCAGGAAUCUUUGCGUGGGACUGCAAAUUUGACGAGGAGGUCAUGCUCAUUCCUGAAGGUUUAUUUCUUGCGGGGGACAAUCUGAUGCAGGCCAAGGAAUGCAGCCAUGCAGGGCUGAAUUGUAAUUACUUUUGCAGGACUUGUCAUUCUGAGGCUGGAUAUGUUAGUCUUUUUACGGAAGGAACACCCCAAACACCUGAAGAAAUGACAUCACAGGUCCUCAAGCAGUUCGAGACCGCAUUAUGUUCAGGAGCCACAGGGAAGGUUGCGGCCACCAUAUCAACCACUGGAAUCCGGGACUCUACUUCAUCUUCCAUCAUCAAUACGCUUCCAGCAUUACCAGAAUCUGAAGUUCGUGCAAAGCUGGAGGAAGAGCUUUCGGGUAUAUUGCAAGAUAUGAAUGUUCACAUGGAUACUCCUACUGAGAUCCUUCACACAGUUCUACUCAGCGUUGUGAAAUACUUUUGGGGACAGACUGUGUUUGUGCUCAAGAAAGCUAAACUACUCACUCGUUUUCAGACACGUCUCAACUCACUGGAUAGAGAUGACCUGAAUGUGCCGUCCCUGAAUGCCGACUACAUUUGCCACUAUAAAGGAGGCUUAAUUGGAAAGCACUUUAAGAGUCUCGUGCAAGUUAUGCCGUUUGUCAUCUACGAUCCCAUUCCGAAAAGUGUUCUUGAUGGAUGGACCUUAAUUGGAGAGUUAGUUCUCAUUCAUUGGCAUAUGAAAAUCGACAACACUGAACACUACUUGGCAAAGCUAGCUCGAACAAUAAGCAAUUUUCUCAAUGUGACUGCACAUUGUUUAAUCAUGUAUUCUGUCUUACAUGCAUUUACAACAAUCGACAAGCUCCAAACUCAUAUUGGACACAUCCGUGAGAUAUUAAUUGCAACAGCGCCUGGGCACUCUGUCGCAUUUGUUGCUCUUCAGACAUUUUCCUUCAUGCCUGCACGCCACCCUUUGCUCCAUCUGCCAUGUCUCCUCCUCACUGAUGAGGAACUAAUUGUGUCGGGAAUGGAUAUCAUAUGUAUCGCCAAUCAUCUCUCUUCUCUUCUCCCAGAAUCCCUCUCUGAGACACCAUUGCACAUUUCAGAUCCUGGAGCUGGAAAGAGGCUGGUGAAAAAGCUCGGAGGCGAGGCAGUGAGCGUGCCCCAAGAUGACGAUGGUGUCCAUCCUGCAUUUGAUUGUGCAGCUAAGAAACAGCCCAAGACCACAUCCAGGAAGCAAUCAGUUUUCAUCUCUAACCCACCCUGCUCCACCCAUUCAAGUACCCGCAUAAUCCCCUGUAUUCUACAGCCUUCGAAGCUAACUCACAUCAGUUACAUCCUUAUCAUUUCCCCCAACCUUAUGACACUUCUCGUCAAUAUUUUCACCUCUAGACCUCCCAAGAUGAUGCUCAAUCACUUUCCACUUCACUCAAUAUCUGGGGGCUCCCAGAGAGCAAAUAGCAUCGGUCCUCCCGGGAUGCCUACCAGCUCAGGCUCUCAAUCACAGUCUUCGAAUCCUCUUCCAGAUACCUCAAUUGUUCUGACCAGUCCUUCACGCCCAGGUUCUCCAAGCGGAUCGUCUGAUCUCAAUGCGCCUAUUAGCACAGGUGUUCGGCAUCAGAGGGAUUCCAGCACCAAUGCAGCCUGUCUCACUCCAAGAUGCACCAAGGCUGGUCAGCUUGAACGAGAAGAAGAAAUCGAAAUAAAUACUUUACAAGAACUCGAGAAACUACUGACUUCUAGGGAUUUCGAGAGUGCACUGAAGAGCCACCUUACUGCAUGUAUGCUAUCUCCAAACCUGACUGCUUAUAUCACUGAUACGCAUCAACAUGUGAUGGUAGUUCGGAUUUACUUCUUAUUGCCUUAA